AUGACGCUACAGACGAAGCUAUGCUGGGCCUGCGCUUCACUACCUCUGUUCUGCCGUAUAACUGAUGUCUCCCGUCUCAAUGACCAGCCCCCCAAGGUCACAAAAGGCAAGAAGCCCGCCCCCGCUCCCUACGGCGCCAGUAAGGGCACCAAGACUCAGAAGAACCCCCUCUUUGAGUCUCGCCCCAAGAACUUUGGUAUCGGUCAGGACAUCCAGCACAAGACCGAUCUCACGCGUUUCGUCAAGUGGCCUGAGUAUGUUCGCCUUCAGCGCCAAAAGGUCAUUUUGAACCAGCGCCUGAAGGUUCCUCCGGCCAUUGCGCAAUUCACCCACACUCUCGACAAGAACACCGCCACCCAGCUUUUCAAGUUGUUGAACAAAUACCGCCCUGAGACCAAGCAGGAGAAGAAGGCUCGUCUCGAGGCCACUGCGGCAGCUACUGCGGAGGGCAAGGAGGCCCAACCCAAGGACACUAAGAAGCCGUUGUUUGUGAAAUACGGUCUCAACCACUGUGUCGCUCUCAUUGAGGCCAAGAAGGCGUCGCUGGUUGUGAUCGCUCACGACGUUGACCCCAUCGAGCUCGUCGUCUUCAUCCCUGCCCUCUGCCGGAAAAUGGGCGUCCCCUACGUCAUUGUGAAGGGCAAGGCUCGUCUCGGUACGGUCGUGCACAAGAAGACAGCCGCUAUCCUCACCCUCCAGGACGUCAAGAGUGAAGACCAGCGCGAGUUGGCCACGCUCGUCAGCGCCGCGAAGGCUAACUUCUCCGACAAGUACGAGGAGCAACGCCGCCAGUGGGGCGGAGGUGUCCGUGGAAACAAGUCUGCUCAAAUGAUGCGCAAGCGUGCAAAGGCCGCGGGCCAGACUCUUUCUGCUGCGAAUGCUACCAAGCUUUAA